UUUUUUUUUUCCUGAGUGGGAGGAUUCAGGAUGUCAGCCAAGAUGUGACAGAAGCGAUGGGACGCUGAGAGUGUAAAGUAACGAGCAUUGCACGACGGGAACAGCAAAGUUUAUCUAGAGCCAAGAAAAUAAAACAAAUCACGUCAAAUGGCGACACAGUAUUCUGACCUUGAGAAGGCCAUUGACACCUUGGUCUCAAACUUCCAUGCUGCUUCUUCUGAUAACCGGCCUACGCUGAAGGCAGAUGAGUUCAAGACUCUCCUCUCCUCCCAGCUGCCAACUUUAGUCAAGUCGGAUAAUUUUGGAGAAGUGCUGAAGCAAAUGGGUGUGAAAGAUGGGGAAGGCAUCAGCUUCAAGCACUUCUGGAGCCUGAUCCAGAAUUUGGCCUCGACCCAGCAUGGUCUGCUGAGCCACGAGAAGUUGUCCAAAUGCUCCUGUCUUUUACUAUGAGCCGUGGGCUUCGACUGCAUCUGCCACUAAGAUCUGGUCUCUCUGCAUCUCUGCAUUUAUCCAGAACCACUCAUCUCCAAACAAAACACUAACUUUUUUUCCUAAGUGUUCCAAUAAAUAAACACAAUUUGUACAUCAAGAUGUCUUUAUAUACAUUUUUUUUUUUUUUUAAUAAUAAUGUGUCAGGCAGUACAGCCAUCAUCUCUCCUCAUAUCAAGUAUCAGGUAAAUCUUAAUGUACAGACCAGUUAACUACUUCAUAUACCAUAACUGAACUGGAGUCCAAUUCGUUUUUCACUUGCAACUGGAUUUACAGCUUCCCAUAAGUGCAUUUAACAAGUGUUUCUCAGUAAGAAAAUAAAUAAACAAAAUCCUUCCUUUUUUUGUGAUAACACUACAUUUAAACUUACUGCCAUAAUAGUCUAUGUGUAUUUCAAGACAUAGAUAUGUACUGAGUGGUUUAUGCAAACAAAAAUAAUAAUAACAACAAUUUUUAUUUAUAUUUUGUAAUACUGUUUUUAUGGCCAAAAAUCAAUAACACCCUGAAUUAUUGUCUAAUAAAAUUCAUAUAAAAAAUCA